AUGAGUCGAAUUUGCGAUAACAAAAGAGACAAAUCAUUAAUCCCUGUGAUUGCGACGCCAUUCCUGAGUGUUGAAUUUGAAAAAUUACCGAUGAUUGGCAUUGAGCGAUCAGGAAAUCCUUCUUCUUUGAAAGCAUUUGCUACAUCGCUGAUAAUAGGAAAAGAUGAAGUAGCAGUUUUUCAUAAAGGAUCUGCGUUACAUUUUAAACCGAAUCAUGGAAUCAUCGUUUUUGGUGUUCUACACUUGCUAGGCCAACAAGACCAUCCAAUUUUAUUGAAAAGUUCUGGUCAUGCACCAUGGCUUGGAAUUAUUCUCAAUCAGGGUGGCAUUAUCCAUGCAAGCUAUUGCAUUUUGGAAAAUGUAAAAGUUGGGUUGAACGUUAGUUCGUCAAAUAUAUCAAUUCAAAAUAUGCGAAUCAUACGACCGAUCUUUACUGGUAUUUUGAUUACAACUACAUACAAUGGUACUUUUGAUAUGGGUGAAUCAGUCAUCCUGCAAUCACGCGCAAAUGGUAUUCGGAUCCUAAAACGUCAAAUAAAUGAUACUCUUGCUAUCAGAAAUGUUCAAAUAAUAGAUUGUGCAGAAGCGGGAAUAGAUUUCGUGGAUCCAGCUGGCAAAAUAAUACUGCAAAAUAUUGUGUUGGAAAAUAGUGGUUCGUUCGGGAUUAUUAUUGUUCAGAGGGAACAGAAUGGACUGGAUUCGAUUGUUCUCAACAAUCUAACAGUCCAAAAACAGGAACGGGGCAGUGGCGGUAUUUUACUCAAUAUGAAAUCCUAUUAUUCGCUUUGUCUAAAUACUUCAAAUUUUGCUUCGAUUAUGCUUCCAUCUGUUAUUAUAGUUUCAAAGUGUCCAUUAAGUGGAAAAAAGCAGAGGGUACCAACGAUAUUUAUUGAAAAAAAUCAUUUCUCGAAGAAUGACAAUUUAGCAAUGCGUAUAACGUUGGAAGGUUGUGAGAAUACGAAAAUACCUCGAAAUACUUUCAUUAGAAACAAUGGAAAUGGACGAAAAGGAACGCUAGCCAUUUACGUAUCGCCAAUGAAGAAUAUACAACCUGGCCCAGCAGUCAAUAUUUCGCAGAAUAUAUUUGUGGAAAACAAAGGUGAAUGGUCAUUGCUUGCUUCGGCAACAAAUAUGAACCGAUUCAAUGGUACCAUCCAGAAUAAUCGUUUCAGCGGGAAUCAAAAUUCUGGUCAAACACAAAUCAAUUCAAUUGGCCGAAAACGAGCUGCUCAAGAUUGUUUGUCUGUUUCAAAUUGCUCUCAUAAUGGACAAUGUAUCGGUCUAAAUGUUUGCCGCUGUAAUGUUGGUUAUACAGGGCCUGAUUGUGCGAAAAUAUCGUGUUCAGCCUUAAAAAACUGCUCAAGGAAUGGUUAUUGUAUAGCACCAAAUGUUUGCCAGUGCUUCGAUGGCUUUCAACGUCAAGAUUGUUCGGAGCCCACCUGUCAUUUGGUGAAUAAUUGUACUGGGCAUGGUACCUGUGUAUCACUUAAUGAAUGUGAUUGUGAACCAAUGUUUGAGGGUGUUGACUGCAGCAAACAAAUAUGGAACUGUUCAAGCAUAAAUUGCAACAAUCAUGGCUUAUGCAUCGACAAUGCAUGCGUUUGUGAAAGCGGUUGGGCGGGACCGUUUUGCUCAAGUGCACUAUGUGACCAGUUAAAUAACUGCUCCGGUUCCGGCACGUGUGUUCGGCCUCAGAUGUGCGAAUGUUUUCAUGGAUUUACUGGUGAUGAUUGCUCGAUUUGUGAGGGUCCAAUUUGCGAUCUCUGUGAUGCCAAAUGUAUUCACGGACGUUGCAACUUGAAUACGAGAACUUGUAUAUGUCGUAGUGGAUGGGCUGGUCCAAACUGUGAAAUUUGUGCUACUGAUAAAUGUGACGUUAUGCCAGCUGUAUUGUAUGUUUUACCAACAGCUGCUGGAAUUCAUCAGAAGGGAGAAAAUAUUUUAGUUUAUGGCAAUGAUUUACCUUUUGUACCAUCGAGGCGUUACACGUGCUUAUAUGGUAGCAUAGCAUCCGAUGGUUUUUAUGUCUCGUCAUCGUUAGUACGCUGCACAAUUCCAGAUCUAGCUUUACCAGGCCGCUAUCUGUUCAAUAUCAUUCCAUAUGGAUCCGACAAAGUGGUCCCUUUUCUUGACAAGCGCCUGAUCCACUUCACUUUAUACAAUGAAUGCAAUCAAGCAGAGUGCAAAGGUUACUGUAUAGGAGCAAUUUGUGUAUGUCCGACAGGUCGCGAUGGCACAUUUUGUGAGCAGACCAAAGUUCUACCAAAGUUGGAUCGUGAGAUUUUGAGUAAUGAAAAAUUAAUACAAGCUGUAGAAGGUGAACCUUACACUGUCAAAAUUCCUAUUCAGCAAGAAAAUACGAUAUUCAACGUUGAAACAGAUGCGAAAGGAAUGAUAAUUUAUCCAAAUGGCAUGGUAUUUUGGGCACAGCCAAUCGGACGUGUCCAACCAUAUACUAUAAAUGUUACCACUGCUUCACUUACCGGUGGAAGUGCAAUUAGUUGGAAUUUAACUGUUAAACCGACAUAUUUCCCAGUGAUUACUAAAGUAGAAAGUUCUGACGAUUCAAAUAUGAAAGUGAUUAAGGGGAUUGUUAAUUAUAAUGAAAAACUUAUCGGUGAGGUUCCGGUAGAAAUGCUGGUUUACCAGAAUGGCGAGAUGGUAGGAAAUGCUUUAACAACAAGUAGAGCCGAUGGUCACUUUAACUUUGAUUACUAUCCAUUCGAUGAAACAAUUUCGACAUCUGUGGUUGUAGUGCAUCCUGGCGCAGCAAGACCUACUAUCACUACAUCAUCCAAUAAUGUAACGUGGGCUGCAUAUAAAUUUGAUAUUAAGUAUGCUCCUAAAAUAAAAAUGAAACCGGGCGCACAGAUUGAUGAAGAAUAUCAGAUAAAAAAUAAAGGUGGAGAAGCACUUCUAAACUGUCACUUCGAAUUAAUCGUACCGCGUGAUAAAAUACAAAUUACGAAAUACGAAAAGGUAACAAAAGGUAUAACAGUUGGCGAAUCAAAGUCAAUCAGAGUUACAUUUGUUGCUGGUAAUACUCUCGAUAACACUACUCUUAUCCUUCAAUUCAAGUGUAUUAAUACUCCCAAGAAACUUGUCAGGCAACAAAUAGAAGUUGACCGAAAAAGAUCGAUAUUUGUAUCAUAUCCACCGGAGAUACUUAUUUCCAUCCCAACACGAAUGUCGCCUAAGAUUAUUACGGUUAAUAUCAUAAAUAAAGAAGGCUAUCGAUUUGUUGCUGCACCACGAAUUUCCAUUCGACCUGAUCAAAGUCCUCUAUUUUUGGUAUCUACCAAACCACCGUUGCAAAAUAUCACAGAAUUCAAUAAUCCAGAAUCAGUACUUGUACUCUUCCUCAGCUAUCGACCGCUACCAAGUGGAGUUCUAAAUUGGACAACAGCUGGUGACCUGAUUUUAUUGGACGGAAAUAAGCAACUAUUUACGAUAGAAUAUCGUAACUAUGCUACUUCGGACUUAUUCGAUUUUCAAAUAACAGUAAUGGAUGAAAUGAGCGCGUUAGAUCCGACUCACAUUGUUAAUGAUGCGGAGAUAAUACUCCGGAAUGAUGUACUUGGCUAUGAUGAUAAGAGGCAGACAAAACCUGAUGAACCUGCUGUGUUUUUCUCGAUUAUUGAAGGAACAUAUCAGCUUACGGUUAAAUCUCCAUCUCAUGUAUCAGUCACCUUGAUAGUUCAGCCAUCAUUUAUCAAUUCCUCAUUAGCAGUAUUUGUUCCAAUUAUUUCACCUUAUUAUCCAGUUGUUGAAGAUGGAAAAUUAUUGGUGGAAGAACUUGAUGAACAACAAAAGGUGCCGUUUCCUAAACUUCAUUUCAUACCAUCUGCAAUACUGCCACCUAUAAAUGGUACAAAAGAAGUGAAAUUGUUGAUAAGAAGUGAUUUGGAUGGUCCAAGUGAUAAUAUCGCUGUUUUGCCUUCUGUUGAAAUUCAUGAAGAAUAUGUUCCUUUUACUUUUGCAACGGAUGAUCUCAGGAAUGGAUUAGGACGGGGUGACGGUUACUAUAUAAAGUGCAGGCUAUCACGUGUGUUAAAUCAGGCAAGGGAAACAGCUCCAUGUACUGUUUUUGCUUUACAAAUUCCAUAUAUUUAUAUGGUAUCAGCUUCGAUAUCAAAUUAUGCACGGAAUGUCAUGAUAUUGGCUGAUAACAGGCAUAAGCAAGAUGAUAAAGUUCAUCUCUGCGAAGUUGGUCUUCAAAGUGCAAUCAAAGAAGUGUCUGUUUGGACUAAAAGUACUAUUUACUGCAAUUGCGCAAUAAAGAUGAAGAAGCGCUGUCAUAAACAAUACAUUUCUGCAUCAACUUGCGGUAGUGCUUGGAAAUAUAUUCCGAAUGAUACAGUAUCGCUGCAAACGACAGCAAUGUUCAUUGUACUGAUUGCGGAAUGUCAUACGGCUGGGGUCGAUUUUCAUAAAAUCAGACAAUUUCUUGCAUGUGUUUCUUUACUCGACAAUCAUUGUCUGAUAUCACAGCAGCGAUCUUUCACUAAAAAUAAAUCUUUAUGGGAAAGUGAACAACGAACGCAGUUCUUUGACCAGCCUGCCGUAGCCAACAAACAGACCGAUGAGAUAUUGCAGAAAUAUUUUCCGAUGCUGAAAAUAUUAGCAUCACAGACUGUAGAUGUAAUUGCCUUGUACAAGGACUUUUUUGAACGGCUUAAUGUCUUACUACCAUUUAAGUUUUUCGAAGAAAUUAAUAAUAUACAGUGGUUCGAUAACUUUUUUGAGAGCAUAUCAGAUUUAUCGGAAGGUGGGCUAGCAAUUACUGGAACCGAAUUCAAAAAAUUAAAAGAUGAAAAAGGAGGCUCAAUUUUGGCCCUCCGUUGGAACUCUACAGUUACUGAAUGGACUAUAACACCGGAUACUUCCUUGAAAGCAAACUUUUUGGGAAUGAAAUUUGCAGACACUCGAGAACUGAUUAUUAGCUCGGAUCGAUUGAAAACACUCGCAAGACAGUACGGUGCUGCUAAUCCAUUCACUUUGCUUCACGAUUACAUGAGAAAGUUACUGUCAUGGCAUUCGAAGAAUAUGUCUGAUUCACAGCAAACUUUGACGCCUGGAAAUAGUUAUGACGACAUUUGCGCCUGUGCUUACAGUUUGAUAACGCCCGAAAAACCAUAUGAAAAUAGUGAAUUUCAUAUUAGAUUAAAAGUGGCUAACAAAAAGAACGAACCGCUAGAAUCGAUCAAAGUAACAUUAGAAAUGAUUCAAAGUGAUACUGACACAGUAUCAAGUGAUGAUACAACGCCCAUACAAUUUCGGAUUAGACUAGUUAUGUUAGAUGGAAUUGGUAGCAUUGAUCGUGCUUCGAAACUGUCACCAAAUACAUCAUUUGUCGCAAACUGGAACUUGAAGCCGGUCAAAAAUGUGCGACUGAUUCGUGAAGUUGAAUAUCAGGCAAUUUUGAUUUUAAAAUUUACUCAAAAUGGUCGCAGAAGCGUGCAACGAAUAGCAACACAGACUGUUGUACUUCAACCUCGACCAUCGCUGAAAAUCUAUUACUUCAUCUCAAACUCAGCACUUUCGGAAAAUACGAAAAACUCAAAUGUUUCUCUGCCCACAUUUAACAUGAUGAUAGCUUUUAUGAACACGGGUUAUUCGAAUCUCAAGAACAUCAAAGUGGAAGAAAUCCGAAUAUCGGUAUUGUCGGAAGAUAAUGUGGAAAAUUUUAUACCUUAUCAAAUUAGUGGCGUUAUCAAUGGUAAUGGCAUUGAAGACAGAAUUCUUUCCGACUUGCAUUUCAUAAUUCCAAAUAUUGAGUCCGGGAAAACUGUUAAUGCUAUGUACAAUAUUUCGACUAAUUUCGAACAGAAAAGAGUAAUUCGUGACUUCAAAAUGACGACUUCGAUGAAUGGAGAACUUAUUAAACUUGAAGAUACUCAAACAUUUACUAUCCAACAGUUUAUUUCAUCAACCAAAUUUCUGGUUUCACCUCAUACAAAUCCAGCUUUAUUGUUUUAUUACGAUGUGCAAAAGGCGGUAAUGCGUACCACUGCGCCUUUAAUCUUUAUUAGAGUGGAAGAAAAAAGUGGUAACAGUGAUGGGAAGCCGUUUCGGCAACAGAUUGCAUCAUUUCGACUCAGUGAAUCACAGCAACAACUUACAUCAUUCUACGGACGAAUUCCAUAUCCAACUGAUUUAGAACACGACUUCGAAGUAUUGCGACUAAAUCAAAUCGGUAAAAAUGGUGCGCUAAGGCUAGUCGACCCGCGACACGUUUGGACUUCAAAUACUGAUCCGGAAUUUGUCCAUUUUAUUGAUGAUAAUCCAUCAGCAACAUCUGAAUCCAUCGAGUACGAAAUUAUUUAUGGUAAUGCGGAGCUAUUUCUUCGUCCGCAUUUCGAAUUUCCUAUUUACAAUGUUCCACUUGUAACUGAAAAUUGGCCACAUGUUGGCGACGAGAUCGCCCGCAUUCAGGCUAUUUCUCCAAGUCAAUCAUCUAUUCGUUACGAACUUUAUUCAAAUUCCGGUGAAAUGGAUGAUUAUUUCAGCAUAAACCCAAAAACUGGUGUUAUAAACUUAAUGAAAGAAAUUCUACCUGCAGAAAUAGAAAAUAGUUAUUGUUCCACUGUUCGUGCAACUGAUGAUCAUGGGCGUUCUGAGACAACCGCAUUGACCAUUGGAUUAGAUGGUUUUGUCAGGGAAUGUCAUAAAAUCGACAACUUUAAUGGGCUUCAACCCCUCACAUACAUUCCUACUCAAUCUCAUCCCUCAAAACCUGUCACAGCAAUCAGUGUAACUAAGAAUGAUACUUCAGAAAUACCAAAAUCACAUGUUACAGCUCCUUCACUCUCAUCAACUUUAUCUUCAACAACAGCGAAAAUCGAUCAAGAAGCAAAUGGUAGAUAUCGAGUAAUGUCUUUAGUAACAAGGAGACACGGAUAUACGAAAUUGAUAGCCACACAAUCAGUUUCUGAUCUUAAUCACAAAUCUGCCUUAACUUUAAAUUUAAAUUUGAACAGUCAUUUGCAACUCUCCUCAACUGCUGCUUCUGUCUCCAGAACAAACUCCGAAUCAUAUUCAAGUGUUUUUCUUGGUACAACAACUACCAGUGGUGUUACUACAGAACGAGAUCUAAAUGAUGCUUUUUUCUCUACUGGAUUUGGCACUAAUGAAAUGGUAUAUACAACUGAUGGAACCAUCAACAAUGUUAGCUUCUCCACAGGUGUAACACGGAAUGAUGAUUCGCAUAACUAUCAGUCUCAGAUGGCGUCCUCCUACAAAAGCACUUAUGCUACUACUACUCUACGAAUUACAGAACCCUCGGGACAAGAUAAUAAUGAAGAAGAAAAGCCGGAUAUUUUAUAUUCUACAACUGAAAUUCCAUCUUCUGGUGAAAUAUUUGUGGAUUACGAGGACAAAGAAAAUAUCUCAGAGAUGGCUUGUCGCCUGAAAGAUGUACAACCUAUUUGGAGUCUUAUUUGUGAUCUGAGCAAAACAUCAAGUAGGAAGAGUAUUAAAAACAAAAAAUUAGAAUGA